CAGGAUAAGACGAUGCUGUGUCACCUCCAUAAGCCGAGGACGGUCCCUCUCAGCGGGGACAGGUCCUGCGGCGGCUCCCCCUCCUCCACGCCGGGGCCGACCCCGGACGCCGCGGUGAUGGCAGUGUGCGACCCGUACGACUGCGAGCUGCGGUGCUUCUCGGUGUUUCGGCGGGUGUUCGUGCAGCGGGAAGAGGCGCGGCAGAUCGCCUCCGUGGUGCAGCGCGGCGACCGGCAGCACACCUUCAGGGUCGGCAGCCUCCUGUUCCGCGCCGUUGGCAGGCUCCUCCCCCAGCAGAUGAAGGCCUUCCACAACAAGACUGCCAUCUUCCCCAUCGGUUACCAUGCCAACCGCAUCUACUGGAGCAUGCGCCACAGCAACAGACGCUGUAAGUACGUGUGCUGCAUCGAGGAGCACAACGGCCAGCCGCUCUUCAAGGUCAAGGUGGUGGAGAAGGGCUACGAUGACCUCGUCCUGACCGGACCGACGCCCAAAGGUAACCCCCACAUGUCCUCUGUUUCCUGUGCAGACAGGAAGUGGAACCAUCAGAUGCUCCAUAGACGCACAAACACGCAGUGAAAGUACUCCGUUAGUUC